AUGUCAAGCAAAACAAACAAUGCGAACAGCAGAAUCCGUCUGAUGUCUACUGGCAGAAUAUUCGCGAAGUACAUAGUUUCUCCACUUACUCCAAAAAUAUUGAUGGUAGUCUACCUCUAUAUCACACAGAAUAUUCUGUCCAAAGAAAGAAUUCCGCACAGUACAUAUGGAUGGCCGAGAAAGAUGGCCGCCUUGAUACCGAGGUAUACUCUACAAGCAGCAAGAAGACAGACAACAUGCAUCGGGGCCGUUGCGGUGCAGACGCUGCAGACGAAUCAUUAUUCGUCGCAGCCGCGAGUCAUCAAAGAUCCCACUACCGCUUCUUUGAAGAGAGGCACAGGUGGACGUAGCUCCUUCAACGGGAUGGUAUGCACCCUGUUCGGCGCAACUGGAUUCGUGGGCCGCUAUGUGUGCAAUCGCCUUGGCAAGAUUGGUACUCAGUUAGUAAUACCGUACAGAGGUGAUAUGUACGAUUGCAUGCGCCUGAAGCUCUGUGGAGAUUUGGGACAAGUUUUGUUUCAUCCGUUUCAUCUGCGUGACGACGAGUCGAUAAGAAAGUGUAUCAAGUACUCCAACGUUGUUAUCAAUCUAAUUGGGCGAGAUUGGGAAACGAGAAACUUUACUUUUCACGAAGUACACGUUGAGGGAGCUAGAAGACUUGCCAGGCUGUGCAAGGAGGCUAAUGUUGAGCACUUCAUCCAUGUAUCUGCCUUAAACGUAGGCGAAGAGUCAGUGGCACACAUAUUGAAAGAUGGUUCUCAAAUCCUUCGUACAAAAUUGGAAGGCGAGCAUGCGGUGCUAGAAGAAUUUCCCGAGGCUACAAUUAUCCGGCCGGCGGAUAUAUGGGGUCAAGAGGACCGAUUCACACGUGUAUACUCUUCCAUACUGAGACAUCAUUUCAGGACCGUACCGUUGUGGGAAAAGGGUGAAAAAACGGAAAAACAACCAGUGGCUGUAUACGAUGUCGCCGGAGGUAUUACAGCUAUUGCGAAAGAUCCUGUAAACACGGCUGGCAAGACUUACCAGUUUGUCGGGCCGAAGCGUUACAAACUGUCUGAAUUACUCGACUGGUUCCAUCGCAUAAGGAUACGCGACCCAGUCGAGUACGGCUACAAGAGAAUGGACUUGAAAUACGCCCCACUUUUCAAAAUUAAAGUCACUUUGAACGAACUUCUAACUCCCGCAUAUCCAUUACAAGCUGUACAUUGGGAAAGUUUGGAAAGAGAAACUAUAUCUGAUAAGAUAUUCAACGAAUUGCCAACUCUAGAAGAUCUUGGCAUCGAAUUAACAACAAUGGAAUCACGAAUGCACUGGGAGUUGAAACCAUACCGUAAAGACGUUCAAUAUAUGGAGAGUGUUGGCGAGUUCGACCCUAUUCCGGAUCCACCAACUGUUCCAAUUCAUUAAAUUUCUAACAAUGUGUUAGAUUAAUAUAAGUAUAGAAUGAAAUAUGUACUCUUACUGUUAAAGUGAUACUUGCUGUAAAGAGUAUGUUGUUAAUUAAAUAUCGCGGUCUUAAAUAUACAUUAAAUUAUUUAAACAUUUA